UUAUGGGCAAAUAUUAAUGAAGUAUUUACAAAAUUUAUUGGGGGGAUUUGAUGGAGCAAUGAGACAUGCUAAAUGUUUAUUAUUUAUUGGGAAAAUAUUUGAGUAUAAUUUACAACAAAAUAUGUUUUAUAAAAUGGUUGAAGAAAAAAUAUUUAAUAAUUAUGAAGGAGGAAAUUAUUGUUUAAUUAUGGAAAGGCCUAUAUUCGUUGAACAAUGCUUAUUUAAAUUUACAAACUAA